AUGUGCUAUCGCCGAAAGUGGGUGAACUGUAUAUCUUGUGUUGCGAGUUCAUCUUGGUUCGAGGGUCAGAUGGCGGGCGGUGAGCCAGUCGACCGCAGAGUUUGUUUGUCGACCGCCGCCAUGCGACGCCCGUGCGUGCUUGGCCUUCUGCGGCUCUCUAUAGCGCUAUUGUUAACCUACCUUACAUGCGCAACUACACAAAUUGAGAAGCACUUGGUCUGCAGAAAACCCAGUUCUAAAAUAUGUCUGGUAUGGACGACUGUUGAACAUGACAGAAACCAACAAAACGGAAUGCCAUCAACAACGAUCAUUCCGGUAUACUGUGGAUUUAGCAAUCUGCAACCUAAACACACUCGUAGUAAAUUCAUCCAGAUUCAGAAAUCUGAAAAAAUAUCAACAACAACAAUGUAUUGUGACAAAUUAAUUAAUGUAGGACAGUUUAUUGAUUGGACAAAAGUUGCAAACGAGUUAGAAAGAGUAAUAAGAGUAAGACGGCAAAGUUUUAUACCACGAGGAAGGUAUAGAGGGCAAACGCAAUCGCAAUAUUUAGCAAUAGAUCGUGGCAAUGGAAAAGAUGAAGGCAAAGCUGAAGCCCAUUCUGCUGCAGAUUCCUCGAGAGCAAGCGUCAGUGGAAACAGCGGCAUGGGUCAAGCGCAAAGCCAGUCUAUAUAUGAUCCCAACUGUGAUGACUGUAAUGGUAAAACAAAUCAAGAAAUUGAAAAUCUUAAGCGUCCUUCUGGAUUUAAACCUAAAAAUCAAUACGGUCCAAGUGUGGAUUCGGCCUGGCUAGAACGUGGUGGGCCCAACCGUCUUCCUGACAAAAGUUAUACUCAAACUAGCCCCGACCAUUAUGGAUCCUCUUAUAGUCCUACAUCAGGGCAAUUAACACCAGACUCAAAAGGGAAUGGAAAUGAAAUGUAUGGACCUCAGAGUAUAGGAGCAAUCAGACCAGGAGGAGUUGGGCUAGGAGCAGCGGGACCGGGACCAGUCGGACCAGGAACAAAAGGAGACAGCAAAUAUAGACCAAGUACCCCAAAUGGAGCUUACGGUUCAACCAAUUAUCCAAGUGGAACUGCUUAUCAACCUAUUGGAACCCAAGGAGGCAAUGGCUUUAGUCCUAUAAAUGGGAAGUAUGACCCAGUAGAUACUACAAGCAAUAGAGAUUUUGGACAAACUGGAAUUCCAGUGGGAUUUGAACCGGGCCCUAAUGGCCAGAGACAAACAUAUGCUCCAAAUAAUAUAGCAAUGGAAAAUUUUAAACCAGGUACAAACUUAGGACCUGGAAGUUAUGGCAAUCAAAAUACAGUAUUAGGUAAUACAAACAAUGGCAAACGCGAUCCAACUAACAUAGUUGGUACACAAUUCAACAAUUAUAGACCCCAAGAAAGUGGAAAUAAUAAUUACAUACCUGGUUAUAAUGUAAACAAAUACAGUGAUCAGCCAGGAAAUAUUGUACCUGGAUUUGGAAACGACUUUAGACCUCAAAAUGGUGUUGGUAAUUUCGGUAAUGUGGGGCCAAAUUCUAAUAAUGAAAGAGAUUCCGUAGGGGGUAUUAGUAAACCAAGCACGUCCCAAACUAAUUCUGGUUAUUUACCAGGAUCACGGAUUCCUGAAGACGGUUCCAGGCCUUAUGUGCCAGAAAGUGGCUUUAAUCAAAGGGAAGCAGGUUUACCACAUUGGUCAGUAGCAAAUGGUCCAUAUCCAGGUCCUGGGGGCAGUAAUGUGUAUUGUUGUAUAGUUCCAAAUAACGCACCAAAUGGAAAUUUGUAUCCUAAUAAUAUUUAUAGUUCUGAUAAAAUACCACUAACUUCAGGACAAAGUUCAAAUAUACCAUAUGUUUCUUCUGCGGGCCCAAAUAAUUUAAUGACUCCAAGUGGACAAUAUGGCGCUAAUGGAUAUGGACCAGGCAAUAGAGCUCCAUCUUAUGGACCUAUUGGAAAAUAUGGGCCAGAUAGUACUGGAACACAAUAUGCACCAGGUAAUAUAGGCACUCAAUUUGGUCCCAAUAGUAACGUAGGAACAAAUAUACCGCAAGCACCCGGUGGCGCUGGAAGUUUUCCAACGACUGGAGGUAAUUACGGAGCUGGUAUAAGCCCGUACGGAACAAGUGGUGUUGGAGGAGUAUCUGUACCUGGUGGCCAAUACCAAUCGCCGGAUAUAUUACAUUCGCCUGAGGUACAAUAUAGACCAAGCAAUACUGGUACGACUGGGUACAGCCCAGGUAGUUCAAGUGGACCUGUAGGUCAAUAUGGACAAGGUGGCAUAGGUAGCCCUGCUGAAACUGGAUUACGAUAUGGACCAGGUAGUCCCGGCACGUCUAUUGUUCCUGGAGGGCAAUAUGUACCAGGUAGCAUUGCAGGGCCUUCUGGAACUGCAGUACAAUAUGGACCAGGUAGCUCAGGUAGUCCUGUUAUACCCGGGGCCCACUAUGGGUCAGGUGUUAAUGGAGAGCCUGGAGCGGGAACAGUGCUUAAAUAUGGACCAGGUAGUACCACAGUACCUGGAGGGCAGUACGAUACGGGAGGUUCUAGAGGACCUACUGGAGUUGGAUCACAAUAUGGACCAGGUGGUACGGGUGGUUCUACAGGACCUGCAGGACAAUACGGGUCAAGUAUUACUAGUGGGUCACCAGGGACUGGUAUACAAUACAUACCAGGUACUUCUGGCGGUCCUGUUGGGCCUGGAAGACCAUAUGAGCCCACGAGUGCUGGUGGCUCUCCUGGGACUGGAAUGCAAUAUGGAUCAGGUACUAUAGGGAGUCCUCCAGUUUCUGGAGAUCAAUAUGGACCAGGUACCGCUGGACGGCCUAUAAACAAUGUGGGACCAUAUGGAUCAGUAACAUCAGGUGGUCCAGCAGGACCUGGCGGACAAUAUGGGCAAGGUAGUCCAGGGAGUUCUGUAGGUCCUGGAGGACAAUAUACGCCAGGUGGUGCAGGAGCGCAAUUUUCGCCAGGUGGUACUGGAACACAGUAUAUGCCUGGUGGUGCUGGAGGACUGUAUACACCAAGUACUCCUGGAGGGCAAUAUACGCCAAGUGUUGGUCAAGGAACUAUUGAAACUGCUGGACGAUAUGGGCCGGGAAGUUCAAAUACUCCAAUAGGACCUAAUGGGCAAUAUGGACCAGGUAGUUCAGGCAGUACUUUAGGUCCUGGAGGUCAAUAUGGACCAGGUGGCUCUGCAGUGCAAUACUUACCAGGUGGCGCUGGUGGGCAAUAUUCGCCAGGUGCCGUUGGAGGACGAUAUGCACCAGGAAGUACUGAUGGCUCCUAUGCGCCUGGUGUUGCUGAAAAUACGGGACAAUAUAGUCCAGGAAGUUCAGGCGUUUCUGGAGCACCUGAUGGGCGUUAUAGGCCGGGUGGCACAAUAGGAAAUGGUGGACAGUAUGGUUCAGGUUCCGACAGUCAAUAUGCACCGAGGACGCCAGAUAGUUUAAGUGGAACGACAGGUCCUGGAAGCCCAUAUGGGCCAGAUAGUGGUGGAGGUCAUACUGGAAAUUCAGGACAAUAUGGACCAGGAAAUUAUGGAGCGCCAAGUGGACAAAAUACUGAAUAUAAUAGUGUUCCGCAAAAUUACGUUGAUCCCAAUUCAGUAAUAGCCGAUGGAGAUGAUUCAGAAGCUGAAGCUAGUGUUGCUCAAAACAUAAAUGGAACUACAGCUAGUGCUUCUUCUAAAGGUGGCAAUGACAAAGGUCGAGCACAAACUAACGUACAAGGUACUUACACGGGAAGUGGAUCAUUCCAAGCCCAAGCUCAAAUUAUUGGUGAAAAUAAAGAAGCUCAAAGUGAAGUUAAUGGAGGGAAAAAAGGUGCCUCUAGUUCAGCUGCAGGAAGCGGAAGAAAUAACAAAUCACAAGCUAACGUUCAGCUUGGUUCUGAAACAGGUUCAAUUCAAACACAAUCCCUAAGUAAUGGCAUAAUGCAUUCCUCAAACUCUCAGGUUCAAGGUAGUGUUAAAGGGGGCAUGGCUGAUGCACAAGCACGAGGACCAGGCAGUACAUCCUCUCAAGCACAAAUAGGGUUUACACCUUAUAAAGAUGAAGAAAAAAAUACACAUGAUCUUCAAAAACUUCCAUUUAUAGGUGGUGGCGUGGCCUCCGCGCAAUCGAGUGGCCGUACUGGUCAAUCUCAAUCGCAGCUUCACGGGACUUUUAAAUAUGGUAUAUCAUAUAAUGGAGCCGCACAAUCUGGAGCUAGUUUAGACAAAGAUGCUAUAUUUCCAAAUAGACUUUCCUUUGAAAAAAUAGACGUUUAUGACGCAAAAAAUAAAAAUAUCAACGUGGAUAAAUUAACCGUGGAUGAGGCAACAGAAUUACCUCAACCUUUAAUUACAGAACCGCCACCGUCAAUAACUUCAACUUCAAUAUUACCUGAUGUUUUAAAUAAGAAAGACGAUUAUCAAACUCCUACUACAGAAAAUAGAUUGGACGAAGCAAUGACAAAUUCUGAAAGCAGAUAUUCUGAACACAGCCACUUAGAUCAUCACGUCGCGGAAGGUUCCAAUACAACUAAUCUAAACGGACCUACACUAUCGGGCAGUAGGAGAUCUUUUCAAACCAAUUUUCCAACUAUUCCAGACUAUGAAUUCACUACAGACAGAGACGAUAAUCAGCCUGUGUACGAUUCAGAUGUUGGUUUUGAUGGUGACGCCAAUGAAGCAAAUGACGUAGAGCAAGCCGAAUAUUCAAAUUAUGACGAAUAUACAAGAGAUUCACAAACACAUCAGUAUCUUCAAAGCCCUGGUAGGAAAGAAAUUGAUGUUCAACAAACUACUGGUGGUAAUACUCAACAUAUUGUAUUGGGUUCAUUGAAGAAUCAUAACGCUGAAAUAAUUCAGAGAGAUACCGAACGCCCCGACGAAAGUAAAGUGUAUCAACCAGGCGAACGCGUUCCCGGCACUGGUGGGUAUACAAUACCGGUUGGAUUCACAGGUAGCGUUAAGUCAGUAGCAUCUAAAGAUAAGACCUACGUCGUAGGUUCUAAAGAUUCUCCAUCACAAGCGCAAACCGUAACGUUAACACCAGGGACCGGUAAGGUGAAGUAUAACCAUCCUUCAUCUUAUGGAAAAUAUGUAAAACCAAAAAAUUUAAGGUCACUACAAAGUCCGAAGGAGAAUGAAAAUAAAUAUGUGUCAGUUUCUAAAUCUGUCACACGUGACCUUGACAGCGACAACAACAUUCGCAAACAAUACUCGCACACUUAUUACACUAAGUCAUCUUCCUGUGGAUAUUUCACAUUUACUUGCACGAUGGUGAGCAGCGCAGAGGGUAGGAAGAAAGUCUGCAAGCCGAAGAUGCCUACUAACCCUGACGGCACGCCGAUUAGGUGC